AUGGCAGGAAGGGGACAGAAGUGGAUUCAGGAUGAAGUUCAUCAGAAUCAGAUCUUGAGAGAGCUAAUCCUGAAAGAGCUGCGAACACAGAAGCUGUACACGCAGUAUCACGUGAAUCCCCUGCGGAAGGUUCACACAAUUGCCAGGAAGCCCAUGUCUUGGCAUGAUAACCUGGAGGAGCCUGCAGAUGUCAAGUUCCUGAACGUCAUUCAUCAUGCUGCACAGGGUCCAAGGAAGAAAUAUUCAGAGACACAGACUGAAUCCCAAGAAAUUGGAUGGGACUCAAGUCCCUUGAUCAAUUUCCUACGCCAGGACAAGAGGCUGAACCACUUCAAGGUCUAUCAUGACAUCACUCUUUACAAGGCUAAACUGUGGAGCUUGGGGGAAGAUGAUCAUCAGAAGUAG